AUGCGCCUCAAACCACUGGAGCAGUCAUUACGCACGAAGCUCGCCCGCAUGGACUGGAUAGGCAUGCUACUCUUCCUAACCGGAAGCAGUCUGUUCGCAGUACCGCUAAGCUGGGCCGGAAACAUGUACCCAUGGGGCUCAUGGCGAACCAUCCUCCCCCUGGUAAUCGGGGCACUGACUCUACUCAUCUUCGCGAUCUACGAAGCCCGUCCAGCAGAGCCCGUCUCCCCUUACCGGAUCUUCCGGUCACGAACGGCCCAAAUGGCUCUCAUUGGAAGCUUCAUCCAAGGUAUGGUCCUCUACACACUCCUAACCUACCUCCCGUUUGUCUUCCAAACCGUAUACCUCGAGACACCGCUGAAAUCAGCCAUCUCCAUCCUCCCCUUCUGCUGCGUCCUCAUGGCCUUCUCAGGCAUCGCAGCCAGCACAGUCGACUACUUCCGGCACUACCGCUGGGAAGUCUGGACAGAGUGGAUCUUCCUCGCGCCCAGCGCCCAAGUCAUCGCGAGUAUCGGCAUCGGGACUAUCUUCACGGUCCCGCCUAUCCCAAUGCAGGCGAGUGCGCCGACGGCAGAAGACCAGGGGUUAGCUGUGGGCGUCUUAGUCUCGUUUCGGCUGUUUGGUACGCUUAUCGGGCUCGCUGUCGGGGCGACUACCUUCAGUAGUGUAUUUCCAAGCUUGAUUGCGUCAGUCGGGUCGCUGCCGGGGGAGGUGGCCUUGUUGCGGAAUGCAAAUGAAGCUGUCGGGUUCAUUCCUCGUCUUAGGACAGUGGGUGUUCCUCUGUCGCUGAGGGAUGCUAUCUGUAGAGUGUAUGGAGAAUCGUUGCGGGCUAUUUGGUAUAUAUUGGCUACUUUUGGGGGGGGUGGGGUUUCUUACCUCUUUACUGGUGGAGGAAUUGACUGA